UCGCGCACACACUCGCCGUCGCGCUUUUGGCAUAGAUUUGAAAAAUGUCGUACAAAUCGGCGAAUUAAAUUUGAAUAUCCGUUGAUUAGAACGGUUUAGGAGAGUUGUUGAGACAAACCUGGAAUAUGGCAAGGACUAUAAGUAGUUUGGUGGAGGAGUGGAAGGGCAUCAGUCACUGCUCAACAAUCGUAGUGAACACAUCUCUACACAAGAAAAUAAAUUUAUCACAAGCAAUUCAAUAUUUAACACACACACACACUCACAUCGAAAUGGCUCCUGUAUUCCAAUCGAAUUUCUCCAUUCGUUCCCUGCUAUCGGAUAAGAAACAAUGUUUCGAGGAUAUUGAAAAUUCAUAUGUACCCAGUGCUCCCAGCAGCCCAUCGGCAACAUCACAGUCAUCCGAGGAAUUGUCCAGUGAUGAUGCAUCUUCGACCAGCAGCAAAUCACCAGAUGCCAAACCUGCCUACACAUACAGUGCCUUGAUUGUCAUGGCGAUCAGAAGUAGUCCCGAAAAGCGUCUAACCCUGAGUGGAAUUUGCGAAUGGAUAGCCGAUAACUUUGCCUAUUACCAGAAGAACAAGAGUGUCUGGCAAAACUCCAUACGUCACAAUCUGAGUUUGAAUCCAUGUUUUGUUCGUGUACCACGUGCCCUUGACGAUCCUGGACGUGGUCACUACUGGGCUUUGGAUCCGUCGGCAGAGGAUUUGACCAUUGGCGAAACUACCGGCCGCUUGAGACGCAGUAACAAUGCCAUGAUUGGUCGUUCCUUCGGUCCAGGUGCAAUUCGUACAAAAUCUGCUAUGCACUAUGGUUCACCAUAUGGCGGCCAUCAUCAUCAUCCCUAUCAUCAAGCCAUGACAAAUACCAUGGCCUAUGCCCAUCAUUAUACACCCAACGCUGUGUAUUUCCCAACACCCGAAGAGAUUCGUUUGGCCCAACAGACAGCCUUAUUGCAGAGCCAACGGGAACAGCAAGCUUGGUCCAACUACCAACGGCAACAACAACACUUGCAACAAAUGCAAUACCACCAACAAUACAUUUUGCAACAGGGCGGCAUUCCAAUGUGAGGCGAGUUUUGAUGAUCCAAAUGGAACUUGGAAUCUCCUAUGAAAACCACAAAGUGGUCGAAUAAUGUUUGACAUGGAGUUUCAAUCGAUCUUCAAUGCUUCUCCUUCCUCGGCUUCAUCCAAAGAGAAAGAGACUUUAAUGUUGGCUCGGUAUUCAAUUGCGUAGAACGCGCUUUAGCAUAUAGUUUAUUUAGUAAUAAUUGUUUAAGUUUUAUUGUAAGAGAAAAUUAGAUUUAAAAAAAUAAA